CUCCUCCUCCAGGACACAACAACCAAAAGUCUGCAGCUUUGACACCCGGGCCCUCGGAGCCCUACAGCCCCGGGUCGCAAUCCACGAGGCGCGGAGUCCUGUUUGUGUGGCCUUUUCUAUUUCAGCUAAGGAAUUGCUGCAUAACACCACAUCAUAACAAACCUGAAAACAUUUUCGGGGAGAUGCUGGGAACACUGGUGAGUACACUUCAUGAGGGACAAGAUGUUUAACAUUCCUGGAGGCCAAGGGUGCAGAGCCGCUCCGUGUCUGUGAACCCGGGCUGCGUCCGCGUCCUUCGGUGUCCAGGAGACGCCAACGCAGGGGUCUGACGGAACGUCAGGUUCCGGGACCCACUGCCCGGCCCCGCGUCCCCGGCCGGGGGCCCACGCGGGCCGGGCGCCGGGGGCGGGCGGAUGACGGCGUGGGGGCGUGGGUCUGCGAGGCGGCGGGUCCGAGCGUCGCUGGCACGGGGCGGGCUCCCUCGCUGGCCGGCAAGCGCGACGCGCGGAGCAGGGGGCCGGCGCGGGGAUGGCGCGCCCGGGGGUCUGGAUGCUCGUGGCCGGCUUCCUGUUGGCGCUGUCACCGGGUCGGGCCGCGGGCGCGCUCAGGGCGGGUAGGCGCCCGGCGCGGCCGCGGGGCUGUGCCGACCGGCCGGAGGAGCUCCUGGAGCAGCUGUACGGGCGGCUGGCAGCGGGCGUGCUCAGCGCCUUCCACCACACGCUGCAGCUGGGGCCCCGCGAGCAGGCGCGCAACGCGAGCUGCCCGGCAGGGGGCAGGCCCGCGGACCGCCGCUUCCGGCCACCCACCAACCUGCGCAGCGUGUCACCCUGGGCAUACAGAAUUUCCUAUGACCCAGCGAGGUUCCCUAGGUACCUGCCUGAAGCCUACUGCUUGUGCCGGGGCUGCCUGACGGGGCUUUUUGGGGAGGAGGACUUCCACUUCCGCAGCACCCCGGUGUACAUGCCCACUGUCAUCCUGCGCCGGACCUCUGCCUGUGCGGGUGGCCGCUCAGUGUACAUGGAAGACUACGUCACCAUCCCAGUGGGCUGCACCUGUGUCCCCGAGCAGGAGAAGGAUGCAGACAGCAUCAACUCCAGCAUUGACAAGCAGGGUGCCAAGCUUCUGCUCAGCCCCAACGACAAGCCAUCUAGCCCCUGAAGGUCACCUGGGAAGGGUUGGGGAAAGACUUGGUCAGCCACCUGUGCACAAGUACAUGUGCAAGGAAAACAUACCCAGCCCAGCGGGAGCAGUCUUUCAAUGUAGAAUAGUUGGCAGGUAAUCUGACCCAGGUAGUCCCUGGUUUUAUUUUAUUUUAUUUUUUAGGUAAAAGUGGGCACAGAAUUAUUGAAGGCUGGGGAAGAUGACCCAGGUGCAUCAUGGGUUGUACUGUCACAAGGCGAGCCACACACAGCUCAGUGUCUGGCAAGCAGGUUUGGGAAAUGGUUUCUUCAGGCUUCCUGUGGCUCCCAGCGUGUGUCUGUGUGUGGCUCAGCAGUUGGGCACUUGCUCCAGGAAGGAAAUGCAGAUAUAUAAGCUUUCUUUUAAAACCUUUUUUUAAAAAAGUAGAGUACAUAUGUACUUUUUUAAGCAACUGUUUUGAUAGAAGCAGAAACUAUUUUUAUAUUAGCAAUUUAGAGCAACUAUAUUUAAAAUUUUUUUAACUGGACAUAUAAGCAAUUUAUAAACAUAGUUUUCUUCUGAUAAGAUUUUUUAGAAGCAUAUUUGGAAUUCUCAGAAAAACUCUUCAGCUUGCCUGUGGCCUGAGGCUCUGAAUUCAGCCUGUUGCCAUUGGCUGACAAUAAUGAAGUGGACACAUCUGAAUUUGACCUAUUCUUUCUCCCGCUAAAAGUUUUCGCAGGCCAACAGAAAGGAUGCCUGGAAGGCUCAUAUGUGAACUCCAGAAGUCCAAACUUGUUUUUAUUCAUGACUACAUAAAUGAUUUCAGACUUAGAACAAUUUAAAUUUUUUCAUUGUUUUGUUAUUGUUUGUUUAUUUGCUUUUACUUUUGAAAGUCACUGAUAGCAAUUUGUGGACAAGAAGUGACAAGUCUCAUCUUUGUCAGCUUUCAGGAAGAAUCCUAUCAUGUGUUGGCCUACUUAGAAUCAGGCUAAAUGUGAAGGAAAUGUGGACCAAAUUAGAAUUUCCAGAGAUCAAUAUUGAGGUCUGUCUGACUUUUCUGUUUAGGUUGAAAGUUUACUUUUCUGUUUAGGUUGAAAGUCUGUCCCUGAACACAAUUAUUUGUAAAAGUUUUUUUUUUUUUUUAAAUCAUUAAAC